AAAUUUUGUUGCAAUUGAAAAAAUGUAACAUGAUUUCGUAUAAAUACCACCCAAAAUAUUGAAAUGAUCAGUGUCAAUUGAAACAGUAUCAGUUCAACAUGAUCUCUAAGGUUAUUAGUGUUCUAGCUAUUGCUGCAUGCACAAAUGCUGUGAUUUAUCCAGCAACCAGCUAUAGCAACGUUUAUAAUACAGGAAUACAUGGAGCAUAUCCAGCGCCCAUUUCUGCAGGAUUGGUUGCGCCUUACGCAGGAUAUGGUAACAACGUUUAUGGUUACGGAAAAAACCCCAUCUAUGAAAACGAUUAUGCUACAUAUCCCAAGUACCAAUACGAAUAUGGAGUGAACGAUCCACACACUGGAGACCACAAAACUCAGCAUGAAAUCAGGGAUGGAGAUUUGGUCAAAGGAUCGUACUCAGUUGCUGAUCCCGAUGGUACCUUAAGAACUGUCCACUACACAGCUGACGACCAUAACGGAUUCAACGCUGUAGUAGAGAGACAAGGACACGCUGUACAUCCUGCUGUUUAUGGCAAAGCAGCAUAUGGUGCUUAUGCUCCUUAUGGUGGCUACUCAGGCUACGGCGCCCACGGAAGCUACGGCUACUAUUGAAGAUAACUUUUGGUUUUUUGUGAAAAUUGUAUAUAGGGAAUGUAGAAAUUAUAGAUAAAUGUAUGA